CGGGCUUCGCUCCUUCCUUCCUUCGUUCCUCUCCCUCUCUCUCGCUGGCCCUCUCGCGCUUCGGGCGCCUGUGAAUGUGAUGACUCCGGCGAGACGAGAGCAAUGUCUGUCGUGUCCUGUCCGCUCGAUCCUCUUGUGAGCGCUCCUCCAUCUCGGCGGAUCGACAUCGCCCCGCAGCGCCAGAUGAAAGCUUCACGCCUUGCCGUGCACCAUCAAUCCCGCAUCGAUUGAUUCGCGGGGGGGCGGGCGGGUGGGUUCAAAAACUGCGAAAGUUUCAUGAUCUGGAUCGGUUCUCUGUUCGAAUUGGAUUGCCGUGCCAUUGGAUCUGAUGAGCGCGAUUGCCCCUCUGCGACGAGUGCGCGAAGAAGGAGUGAGGGGAACUCGUGCUAAUUUCGACUGAUCGGUGCGUCGAUCGCCUCCCGGUCGGCUCGAUUGAGGUUGCCAGGAGGGCCAGAGAUGGCGGAAGCCAGCAAAUUGUCGAAGCUCAAUAUUAUAGUGGCGCAGCUCGAGUCGAUUGUAGCUGCCGCAGCCCAUAAGCUGCCAGAACCUCUGAUAUGCUUUGAUCUUCUGGUCGAUCUCCUCUCUACCAUUGAUCAGGAACCGAAGGAUUCUAUCCUACGCUGUCAAAGAAAGUGUGAGGAUGCGCUACAGGCUUUGUUAGUACUUGGUGUCCGUCCACCAGUGAGGCGUCUUGCCUCCACUGCAAUGGUUAGUCUGAUAGAAAAAGGAGAUAACAUUUCCAUUUACUCUCGGGCCGGGAGUCUUCAAGGCUGGUUAUCCGACAAAAUGGACAAAAAAUCAGAGCCUGCGUCAUGCAUAGGAGUUGCGCAGUGUUUGGGAGCGCUUUUGAGAGCAUUUGGCCAAAGGAUCUCUUCAGGUUUAGUGGAGACCAGCAGCAUUGUCGCUAAGCUGAUGAGAUAUUCGGAGGUUGGUGUACGUCAAGCGGCCCUUGAGUUGUUACAGGAUGCUCUGGAAGGCUCGGGUGGCGGGGGAGCAGUCACUGCCUAUACAGAAGCACUGAGGAUAAUUAUGAAGCUCGGAGCAACAGACAAGUCUGCUGUUGUGAGAGCUGCAGCAGCGGGCUGUCUACGAGCAUUUGCAGUUGCAGGAGGACAAGGGUUAGGUGUUGGGGGCCUCGAGAAUUGUGCGACAGUUUGCUUGAAGGCAUUAGAGGACUCUGCCCAGCCUGUCAGAGACGGAUUUGCAGCAGCUCUUGGUGCUUUGCUCGCUCUAGGCCUCAAUCCUCAAUCACAGGCUCAGCCAAAGGGUCGAGGCCCAUCUCCUCCGUUGAAAACAAUAGAUGGAGGGGUGCAGAAGCAUUUGGUAACCCCCUUUGUGAAAGCAUCAGGUCAAAACUACAAAGAAAUACGAGUUGGUCUUACUAUGGCCUGGGUGGCCUUUCUGCAGGGUAUGCGCUUGAAUUACAUGCACAAUGAUGUUGAGCUUCAGGAAUUCGCAAUGGAGGCAAUCAAAAUGCUUACUCUCAGUUCAGACACCCAUGCGCAGGCUUGUGUAUUAUUCUGUCUUCGAGUUGGAAUAAUUGAACAAAUGGGAGAACCAGCACAGAAAGGCUUGACAGAUCACCUCAUCAAGCAGCUGUCUACACCUGAGAUAAACUCCGGAAUGCUCGUGGUCAUUUUGAGGUCGCUGGCACAUCUUUUGUCUACGCUAGGAGAGGUUUCCGUUGCCAGUCGCGAGACUCUAGAUAACUCUUUGGUUGGCAUGCUUUCCAACUCUUCAAUGGCGGUCCGAGUAGAAGCAGCUCUAGCACUCCGGGCACUCGCCGAAGUGGAUGCAAGCAGUGCUAAUAAUCUUUUGUCGUGUGGGCUGACAACUCUACGAGCACUACGUGAAACAGUUUCCGUUGAGAAGGGUGAUCGGCUGAAGCUUGAAUUGGAUUCGCUGCAUGGACAAGCAGCCAUGCUAGCUGCACUUAUUACUGCAGUUCCAAAGCUGGUCCUUGGUGUUCCCUCAAGGCUCCCACAGUCUGUAUGGGAUGUGGCAAAGUUGAUGGUAUCUCAGGACAAUGGAAAUCCGUCGUCCAUGGGUGCGGAGAAGGAAGCUGGCUGGAUGCUUAUUGCCUCCAUACUCUCAUCGAUGCCGAAGGAGGAAUUGGAGGAGCGGAAGCUGGAAAUAUUGGUCCUAUGGUCCAAUGAAUUCGGAGGUAACGUCGAAGAUCACCUGAAGAAAGCUGAAAGCAUGCUUGGAGUGCACCUGAGUGGUUGGUCAGCGGCAGUGGAGGCUCUCGCUGCGUUUGUGAAGAGUUUUGUGUUUCCCAAUAUGUCUGUUACCGAAGAAGGAAUUUUACUUCAGCCUAUUAUCGGCUACCUUAGCGGAGCACUGGCCUACUUGACUUCUUCUGCGUUGCAACAAGCACCUGCUGCACUUAAACCUGCAGUCAAUCUUUUCACAAUACGAACUUUGAGAGCUUUUCAAGCGUUACCUGACCCUUUCUCUUACAAAGAUGAUCAUCCAGCGCUUAUGGGAAUUUGCACCGCACCUUUCAGAGAUGCCGCAUCAUGCGGUGCAAGUUCGUGUUUGAGGCAGCUACUUGACAGCAGAGAUGCAUCACUUGGACCCUGGAUACCAGGAAGAGAUUCUUUUGAAGAUGAACUUCGUGCUUUUGAAGGGGGUGCCCAAGGUCUUUUACCUUGCGUAUGGGCGUAUGAAGUACCUGCCUUUCCACAACCUCUACCAGUAGCAACCGUCCUCGUCGAUGAGAUGCUUCUAUGUUUUGGAACUGUUUUUGCCGCCCAGACAGAGAAAGGGAAACUGCAGCUUCUUGAGAUCAUCCUUGAGUCAGCCAGAGCUGGGAAGAAGCAAAGUUGGCAUAGCGCGAACAUCACCAACAUAUGUGUAGCUCUUUUGGGUGGUCUAAAGGCUUCCAUAGGUAUGAGAUCUCAGGGUUCAGAAGUUGAUGCUAUGAGGCAAGUGCAAGAGAUAUUCCAGAGUAUUUUGAGCGAAGAUGGAAUUUCACCCGCUGGACGACGUGCUGCGGCCGAAGGACUUGGAUUUCUUGCACGUCUAGGAAGUGACGUUUUUGCCGCACGUUUGACCCGAUCGUUGGUUUCCGACACGAUUUCAUCGCCCAUUUCUACACUGAAAGGGUCCACAGCUCUAGCUCUAGGCUGUGUUCACCGGAGUGUUGGGGGCAUGGCAUUAUCGGCGUUGGUGCCAGCAACGGUGCAGGCAUUAUGUGCUUUGGCUAAAGAUCCAAAUGAUUAUCUCCAUGGCUGGGCCCUUCACGCAUUGUGGCUUACAGCCGAUGCUGCUGGUCUGUCUUAUGUUCCUCAUGUCCAGGCGACUCUGUCCCUUGCCAUGGAGAUUCUUCUGUCUGAAGACCAUGCAGCUCCAGAGCUCGGACAACGCAUCGGACGACUUGUUAAUGCAGUUGUAGCUGUAUUGGGCCCUGAAUUGUCACCUGGAAGUUCUCUAUUUUCUCGGUGCAAGGCAUUAGUUGCGGAGAUAAGCACUGAAAAUGAGCCAGCGGCACAGCUUGAGUGCGUGCUCUUUACGCAGCAGUUGGCACUGUUUGCACCCCGAGCAUUGCCAGUCCACGCUCAUGUGCAGACUCUCAGGCCUACACUUACAUCAAGACAGCCCUCAUUACGGCAAGCAGCAGCUUCUACUUUACGCCAUCUUUCGGAACGUGAUCCUGUGGCCAUGGUCGAAGAACACAUCGAGGAAGAUCUCUUCGCAAUGCUAGACAACGAGACUGAUGAGAGCAUCAUAAAAAUUGUUCGGUCGACAUUGCAGCGCCUCCUUGAAGCAGCUUGCCCAUCCUUCCCCUCACGUUGGCUUAAUUUAUGUCGAAAUGUGGUUCUAGCAGCAUCUACGACGAAGAGUGCUGGUGCUGGCCUGCAAGAGUCUGAGAGAUUUCACAAUGACAUCGUUCAUGAGGACAUGGGAGAAGAUAAUGAAGGCAUGAUUGCCGACAGACCUUCUGCGGGGCUGUCGGGUCCAGUGAAAAUCGAUACCAAAGCCAAGGAUUCAGACCAGCUUCCUCGAUACAAAACUAGAGUUUUUGCAGCCGAAUGUCUCUGCCGGCUGCCCGUUAUCGUUGGAGUUGAGCCUGCACACUUUGAUCUUGUGAUGGUCAAGGAGCUCCAAAAGAGCGGCCAAAGUCCUGGUGGAGAUUGGCUUGUACUUCAUCUUGGCGAGCUUGUAGCAGUUGCAUAUCAGGUCGCUACUGGCACAAUGGAAAGUGUGAGACCUAUCGGUGUCGAGUUGUUGGACAUUGUGCUGGAUAAGUUUGGAGAAACUGUGGAUCCAGAAUUUGAAGGACAUCUACUUCUUGAGCAAUACCAGGCCCAGCUCGUCUCAGCGGUACGAACGGCACUUGACCCGGCUGCAAGUCCUCUUUUGAUGGCAGCUGGUUCGAGGCUUGCUGCUAGGAUUAUUACAAGUGGAGGAGCUUGUGGAGAUCGUGCACUACUACAACGCAUGAUGAACUUAUUAAAUCAACCACUACUUAAGUGGGAGGAUAUUGUUAAUCCCAACUUUGCUGAAUGGGUGGGAUGUAAGGUUCAAGUGAGUCUCCUAGGAGCCCACGCAGCUGUGAAGACAUAUGCAUAUGCAUGCUCUCAAGGGAACACCAAGAGUUCCUCAGAUAGUGUUAUUAUCCUUCCUCUCUUGGCAAAGCAUGCAGAUAUCCUUGGUCGGUAUUGGAUUGGUAUACUACGAGAUUAUACAGCUCUUCGGUUGCACGCGACGACGAAGUUGCAGCCUGGAUACAAACCCUUCAUGGAAGGUAUACAGCUGGUCUCGAUAGCGUCAAUGGUCCUGCACUUCUUGUCCGAAGUUUGGCCGGUGGUUUUGGAGGCUGUCACAGUAGACGCUUAUCCUGCUGGGCCUUCUGGUCAACCCUCUGAAGGCAAAGCUGCUAGUGGCAUUGAGCUCUCCGUGGAAGACUUUAGGCAAAUUUGGGCGCUCGCUAUUCUUGUCCUCAGUGAGGAGGAUGAUCUGGCUGGAGAGAGAAGACGAAGUAGUGUUACGAGUUUUCCUUCCGUGGAUGCAAGAUUUCGCGUCGAUAAAUAUGAAUUUACACCUCAACUGGCAGCAUUGCAUUCUCUACGAAGUCUUUGCUCAGAGGGAUUUUAUGAUCCCCAGAUGCUUUCUGUUGAGCUAUGCAAGGAGCUUGUGCAAAUUCUAUCAAAACCAUUUGUUAAUGUGAAGUCAAACGCGUCACAUGCCGUGUUAAGCGUUCUAGAUCAGGUUGCAAAGUCUUGUCCUCAGGGAUACAUCGAAUGCAAAGACAUCGCUUUAAAUAUUGUAGAACUCUGCCUCGGGAACAUUUUCCAACUUCUAAAUAGAAGUGAGAGAACUAUCCACGCAAAAGCGGAUGAAGUUGAGAGGGUUAUGUCAAAUGCUUUAGAAACUCUCGGGAAUCUUGUGGGCCAUCUAAACGCAGAGGUUCAGGAGGUACUGCUACCUCAGCUGCUCUCUGCUGGAAUAAAGAUUUUGAACUUGGUACCAGUAGAUGGCAUCGUGGUUACUUCAGCCUUGGGCUUCAUCACCAAUGUGACGGCGGCGACAGCUAAGCCCGUCCAAGGUGUUAAUUCUUCGGAAGAAUUCGAUUUGACACAAAGGGCAUCCAUUCUCGCGGCUGCCGUGGAGAGCUUGGCAAAAGAUUGCGUAAAUCAUGCAGAGCAAGUAAUCAAAGGGGCUGAUGGAACAGAAAACAAAGCAGAGCAGGUCUUGUCAAAACGGUUGGAACUUCUGUUAGGAGUAAUGGUAUCUAUUGUACCUUCCGUUCCUGAGAUUAUUAGUGUUGAAGAAAGUGGUCCACUAUUCAAGAAAGCAGCACAAGGAAGGUGCAUCAACUGCCUACGCUGGUUUCUCACCAAUUCGAACAUACAGGUUCAGCUGGCUGCUCUUCAGAACCUCAGGACGGUCUCACAGACAGGUUCUUCGGAGCCUAAAGGUGGAGAUUCGCAUACUUGGGCCCUGAUACUUCUGCGGGAGCUAGGAGCAGAUGUGACGCAAGUAGUAUAUGAAGCCACUCAGAAACCUCUGACUUCAGCUUCGGCAGCCGCUGUUGGUGAAUGUUUGAAGCUCCUCAUUUUGUUGUAUUCUCUAGUAGAAGGCGAUGAGGCACAGCAAAAUGUCCUUCAUUUGCUGUUGCCUGCAAUCAUCGCUGCUGCUUCUUUCCAAAAGCAAGGGUCGUCACAGGCUACAAAUGUGCUCACAGCUGCCGCUGUGAAGCUUGUAACACAUCUUGCAUCUGUUCCAUCUUCUGCUGCACAGUUUAGAACUGUGUUGCUUCAGCUGCCACCUGAAUCGCGGCAACAGCUCCAGGCAAUCAUCAAAGCAUCCAUGUCCCAACAGCCUUCCAGUUCAUACGUUGCUGCUCCAGCCCCUGUACCGCUGCCACCACCAAAGCUGUUCACGCCAGCCAUAACGACUAGUGGAUUGGCUGCCAUCCCACCUCCGAGCAGUUCGUCGCUCCCUCGGGCGAUUCCAGCAGCACCGCAGCCUGCCCAAGUUGAUGACUUCGAAGAUGAUGACGACGACUGGGAUGACUUUCAAGAUGGUUCUCAAGAUGUCACAUCCUCGACUCCCACACCCGAUGUAAACAUGGACAGCGAUUUCCAACCAUUUUCACCUGGCCCUUCGAAUGGGACGAGCACGCUAGAACCGAAACAAGACGGGAGCCCGGAAGAAGAUGUUGAUGACUUUGAGGCAUUUUCUGCACCCUCUGUACCCGAGAACCUGAGUGCAGCUGUUGUGUCUUCGUCUUCCUCUUCCUCUGUGGUAGGGAAGAAUGAGUCGGCUGAAUCAUCGCCAAAGUUGGUGUCAUCACAUCCUACGAGUCCCCGGAUGGGGGAAGUCAAUCAUGACCAGGAUGCAGCGGGAUCCUCCUCAACUCCUGAAAGUCGUGAAAGAGUUGCCACCGGAGAUGAAGCCAGCCUGGACGAUGAGAAUAUUCAGACUCCAGGCAUCUCCUCCAACUCGAAACCCGAUGUCGGUGCGAACCAGUCUUUACUGGAGUCAGCCGAGGCUGAAGAUGCACCUUUUUUCCACAAUGCACCUCACUCUGAAUCUUCAAGUUCAGCAACAUCACAGCCUGAUGUUGAAACCAAGGAGAUCAUAGGAGACGUUUCGGGUUCCACAACCGAGGAGAAGCCUGAAUUCAUUGUGAAAAAAGGUAAAGAUGUAGAUGAUGGCGGAGAUGGUCAGGAAUGUUCGAUGGAGAAACCUGGUGAUGUACUGUCGUUUGAAUCUCGUAAUUCAGAGGUAACAUCUGAAAAGGCCUCGUCACUCUUGAGCAACGUUGGUGAAAUGGAACACGAACAAUCCGCUCUGAGCUCAGCAACGACGACCUCCAAACGAACAUCCCAGUAGUGUAAGUAUAUCCUUCUCGAGAGGACCGGGCCACUGGUGACAUUAUACCGAGUAAACAUUUUUCUCACUGGAAACAGGUGAGUUGAGAAGACCCGAAUCUGAUAAGACAAUCCUUCUGGUCACCUCGAGGGGUUGAGGAUCAGGUCCAGUGGCCUGAAAUGUCAUCUUAAAAUUGGUUUGAAAAUUUGUAUUGCUAGUUCUGGACGAACUACAUCCAGACUUAAAUUGCUGGCUUUUAGGGGCUCAGAUUGUUCAUGAAGAGUACUUGCAGGGCUAGCUCUUCAUUUUGGCCAGAUGAAGUGGAGCUAGUUAUACCAGCGGCUUUUGACGUUUCACCAUUACUUCCUCCUUUACCACCACAUGUUCCAAUGAUUUCUUUGUGAGACCGUCCCCGAGUAGGCGGAAAAAGUUUACUUCAAUCUGCCAAAGGUUUACAAUUCAUGUAUGAUAUUCACCAGUUUUGGGUCAAAAAAGAUCUUGGAUUUCUCGGUGGGUCAUGGUUGUUCUCUAUUUCCUUGCCUUCAGCUGGUCGCUUCCCGCUACACGCAUUUUUAUUUCAGUACCUCAAAGCAUUUUUGUAGUAUAUCAGUCGAAACGCCAGCAUGGAUGCCAAUUGGCUAGCUCUUCCACAGUCAAGCAUGCCGGAGCUCAAACUUACUAUUCAAUCUCAUUGGCCCUUCUGUAGACGCUGGUAAUACACUAUUAGAAUGAGCAGCUUACACAUGUACUGAGUUCUUAGGAAGGAUAGAAUAGUAAAUUAUAGAAAGAGAUUUUGGAUGGGUUUAUAUAUCCAAUCCGAGGUACAAGUGGUUUAAACAGACACAGUGGGCGACCCACUACGCGUCCGUACUGGGCCGCCACUUAGUCACGACCAUAAACUAACUGUCACGACCAUAGACUAACUAUGAUUACACUAACGUAUGUACGGUGAC